UCAGCGCCUCCUCGCUGAGCUGAAGCGCCUGUCCUCCGCCGGGCUGCAGCGACGCUCGGCACCGCGCGCACGUGGCUUCAUCGCAGCACGCGCACACGCAUCGAGGCGAUGGGAAGGCGCGCGAGGACGGAGCGCGGAGCCGCGAGCCUCAGAUGAGCCGGAACGCGCAAAACGACCAAACGAGCAAUGCCGAGAGAACCUAAGAACCACCAAUCGGGACGAGCGCGAGCCGCCAUUCAAAAUUUGAACUGGAGCGCGCACCGCUAAAACCGUUGGUCGCUCAGAGAGUUGAGCAUCGCCGUUGCGGGGAGAGGGAGGAUUACCGAGCAACGUGUGCGUGUGUGAGAGAUGGAGAGUGUGUGCGAGCGUGUGUGAGUCUGUCAACAUGCAGACACCCCUUUACAGGGAAACUUUGUCCUGGUGUGUGAGAGAAGGCGGCGCGUUUUCGUGGCCGGAGUGAGAGCUCCUCUCUGCCUGCCCCUCCGUCUUACAGCAGCAACAACGCCCGGGUCAUCACGAUGAAGAGGAGACAGAAGCGUGUCCUGCAGAUGGCCUUUAUAUUCACCGUGACGCUCAUUUUCUUGCCAAACGUCGGUCUGUGGUCACUAUACAGGGAGAAACACUUGAUGAAGUCGCCUGAGGCUGGAGAGCAGGGGCUCCCGUUGAGUUUGGGUGAUGGACAUGUUUACAGCUGGACAGACGGUUUGAGGAGGAGAGACUGGCAUGACAAUGAGAGCAUCAGGAGAGAUGAACUGCGUGUUGGGAAAGGAGAGCACGGGAAACCAUAUCCACUUGCAGAGGAUGAAUGUGAUGACUCAGUGUACAAAGAGAAUGGGUUUAACAUCUACGUCAGCAACAACAUUGCUCUGGAUCGCUCCCUGCCUGACAUCAGACAUCCAAAUUGUAAGCAGAAGCUGUAUCUGGAAAACCUCCCCAACACCAGUAUCAUUAUCCCCUUUCAUAACGAGGGUUGGAGCUCUCUCCUGCGUACCAUCCACAGCAUUGUAAACCGUACACCAGACCAUCUAAUUGCUGAGAUCAUUUUGGUGGACGACUACAGUGACCGAGAGCACCUGGGUGCUCGUCUGGAGGACUACAUGUCCAAGUUUCCGAAAGUGCGUAUUGUGCGCACUAAGAAGCGCGAGGGGCUGAUCCGCACACGCCUGCUGGGAGCCUCCGUGGCUAAAGGAGAAGUUCUCACCUUUCUGGACUCCCACUGCGAAACCAACGUCAACUGGCUACCACCUCUGCUCGACCAAAUAGCCCAGAACCCCCGAACCAUUGUGUGUCCCAUGAUUGACGUCAUUGACCAUAAUCACUUUGGAUACGAGGCUCAGGCUGGGGAUGCUAUGCGAGGGGCCUUUGACUGGGAGAUGUACUACAAACGCAUCCCCAUCCCACCCGAGCUCCAGGGGGCAGACCCCAGCAACCCAUAUGAGUCUCCAGUGAUGGCCGGAGGUUUGUUUGCUGUGAAGCGGCAGUGGUUCUGGGAGCUAGGAGGCUAUGACACAGGCCUGGAGAUCUGGGGAGGAGAGCAGUAUGAAAUAUCCUUCAAGGUGUGGAUGUGUGGGGGCAGUAUGUACGAUGUGCCAUGCUCCAGAGUGGGCCACAUCUACAGGAAGUAUGUGCCAUACAAAGUUCCCUCAGGGACCAGCCUAGCUAGAAAUCUGAAGCGAGUGGCAGAGACAUGGAUGGAUGAGUAUGCUGAAUAUAUCUACCAGCGUCGGCCAGAGUACCGCCACCUCUCCACUGGAGACCUGACUGCCCAGAAAGAGCUGCGUAAGCACCUCAAGUGUAAAGACUUCAAAUGGUACAUGAACACAGUGGCCUGGGACCUGCCCAAGUACUACCCUCCCGUGGAGCCCCUGCCUGCUGCAUGGGGAGAGAUCCGCAACGCUGCGUCAGGUUUGUGCAUUGACUCCAAACAUGGCUCGACAGGCACUGAGCUCCGUCUAGACACCUGCCUGAAAGAGGGAGCUGAGAGAACCUGGGCACAUGAACAGAUUUUCACCUUUGGCUGGAGGGAGGACAUCAGACCAGGUGAUCCUUUACACACCAGGAAAUUCUGCUUCGACGCCAUCUCUCAGAGCAGUCCUGUCACACUCUAUGACUGCCAUGGCAUGAGAGGUAACCAGCACUGGAGCUACCGCAAGGAUAAGUCUCUUUACCACCUGGUGAGCAACGGUUGCAUGGACUGUAGCCCUGCCGAUAAGCGGAUUUUCAUGAACAAGUGCAAUCCCCAGUCCGAGACACAGCAGUGGCUGUUCCAAAGAGUUAACACCACCAUCCUGGACAAAUUCAACAGCGCCACCAGCUCCUAGGACCCUGAGGCGCAGCCAGCCUGGGGACUGGCUCUUAAUGAUGCUUAGCAUGGGGGUAGAUGUACUUAGUGUCCGAGUGUGGCCCCCCUACCCCUCCAACGACCCACCGCCCAAAAGGUGCUGGAGUAGAUGAGGGAGGGAAGGCUCAUUAGAAAGGGAACUGGGACAGAGCUGAGCCUGGGAGACACACAGCUGAUGGCAUAUGUCCACACGGACACCCUGCAGGUCCAGGAGAACUUGUGCACAGUCAACUGGUUCUGGAGACUGAGACCCCUGGUCAUAUCUAACACACUGAAAUACAGAGCAACAUUUGGGUAGCAAGUUUAGUGAACAAACGUUACUACUCACGCUCUUGAUAUCGCAUGGUGGAUUUGUAUUUCACAGGAGACUUGAAAGUGACUUGCUUUUUUAGUACCGUCAUUUGUUUUUGAGGACAUUUGUUCAAACUGUAUAUUUAUUUCUAUUUAUUUGGUAGUAUCUUUGAAAGGAUAAGUUAUUAUGUGAGUAAUCUACUUUGUUACACCAUCUCUUAUCAAGGGUAAGUCUAAAAAUCGGAUUUGUCCUGUGGAAAUGAUGAAUUGUUUUACUUUUUUCCCCUCACCAUAGCCACAUACCCCCUCCCUCCAUGGUUUCUCCCAUCUAAAUUUUAAAUAAAGCAAAAAAUGAGUAAGAAAUUGUGUGGGUAGUCCAGUUGGCAAAUUGAGACAGAAAAAAAAAUCAUCUUCUAUCUUUAUUUACACAGAGACAUUUUUAAGGCAUUUUUUUGUCCUUUAUGGCAAAAUGUCUACUUAUAUUUAUGUAGUGCUUUGUUUAAAAAGUAAGGAUUUGGCUCCCUCUGCUGGUGUACAGUACAGAGUUAUUUAGUGUUCCAAUGGUAGAGCAGGUGUGCAACUCAAAAUACAAACAAUUGAUAAAAGUUUCUUUUUUUAUUCAUUAUACAUGCAAAAAAAAAAGAAAACUAGUAGAAACACACUAUACUAAGUGGAGUAUUGUGUGAGCAUGUUAAUAAUGAGUUAUAGAGUUCAAUAAUUACACAAGUUAAAGUGUAACUUUCCCAAAUUGAGCCAGGAAGCAUGAUAUGAUGUGAUCGACAUGUUUUACAUUUUAAUAAUAGACAAACUUCUAACAGACAUCUACUGACAGUCAUGAGAGCUGAUACAGUUUUCUGCAUGAAUCGCAUAUUUUAUAUUUAAGUGUUUGUUGUGGAACCACAGAUGCACCCUGGACAUUGUUCUUUUUGCAACAAUAUAAACAAGAUGAGCUACGGUAUAUUCCAUUAGGUGUACGCCUGUGGGGGGGCUCACCACCAAGACCUGACUAGCCUGCUCAUGCUACAGUAAUUCCAAAGGUGGGUCAUUACAUUCACUUAGUUCCAAAUAAAUUUGUCCUCAAAAGGAAAAGUUGAUGGAUUUGUACUUUCCUGAUUGUUUUUUUGGGGUUUAAUUUCAUUCUGCUGUAUUGGUCCAGCUCUUUACUGUUGCUUACACCUCUCACUUCGGAGCUGAAAAUUUUCAUUUUAGAAAAAGGAAUCAAAAGGAUCUAAAAAGAGAAAGGUUGAUUUUGGAAAGGUACUUGUUAUUUCACUUAAGUAGCAAUACUGGAAUAAGGUUUUAGGCUAUGCACAUUACAUGGUAAUCUCUGGUAGUAUUACGCAUCUUCAGAAGUCAGUGGUGAACCGAGAGCCUUUAAUUUUAGCCAUGAAGGUCAAAACUUGGCAAAAACCCACCUCUAAGAUAAGUCUAAUUGAAUGCUUAUUUACGCUAGUUUUUUGGGCGUUCUAUAAUACAUUUAUGUGAAGCUUAUGACAGACGUAUAGUUUUCACGAUGACUCAGUAGAGAGGCCUGGGGAUCCAAAAAAACCUGUGGUUUCCAUUUCUUACAACUCACUGGUUAGGCUGCCACUCCUUUUCAUAGUCAGUGUAAUGUAGGACUUCUAUGGUGCGUUCAAGUUGUGUCAGAAAUGUAAUAUUUACAAGAUGGAAACUGUUAGUGGGUGAUCCACAUGUGUUAUGUGGUGCUUCUAACUGGAGAAAGACAUCACUUAUCUCAUAAGCAUCUUCUGCAGUUUAUUUUGUUGCAGUAACACAAAAUAAACAGACUCUGUUUAAUGAC